CUGACAGUUACCGUCGUUAUUUGAACACAACAGACGCGCUAAAAACAAACAACAGAUAAACAGACAUCUUAAAAUCAUUAUGAGAGUGUUUAAUUAACGCGGAGAGAUGACAUGGCUUCCAAAUCAGAGCAGCUGCUGAUUGUUGUUUCUAUUCUUGAAGGCCAUCAGUUUCCUAGGAGUCCGCGGCACACGCUGGUAGUCGAGGCUCGCUUUGACGGAGAGACGUUGGCCACAGACCCAGUAGAACACAAAGAACAGCCGCAGUUCUGCACUGAACUGGCCUGGGAGCUCGACCGCAAGACGCUGCACCAACACCGACUCCAGAGAACACCAAUCAAACUACAGUGUUACGCAGUCGACUCCAACACGUCUGCGAGAGAGUGUGUGGGAUACAUCAUCCUCGAUCUGAGAUCAGUGCAAGAGAUCAAGCAGGCUCCUAAAUGGCAUCCUUUGCUCAGUAGUAAGUACACAAAACAAAAACCUGCUCUGCUGAUCAGCAUGAUCUUAGAGAACGACACCAAACCAGCAGCUGAGCAGUUUAAAGCAAAGAAAGCACCACCGAGACCAGGAUCUCCAGCGCUGGUUCCUCUGGAUUCUGGUAAACUUAAAGCGGUUCUGAACGAGGAAGAAGGUUUUCAUCAGAUCGGACCUGAAGAUGUCUGCGCUGACAUGUUUGUACUGUCGGUAACGGUUGCAUUUGCUACUAAACUGGAGCGGUUGAUCUCCAGCUCGACUAAGUUGUCCAGCGAGGGCUCUGAGUUCUUUUUCUAUUACACUUUAUUGGGGAACGACGUCACCAGUGAACCUUUCCAGAACCUCCUCAGUCCAAACUUUGAGCCUGAGCGAGCGUCCAUCCGCAUCCGCAGCAAUGAGCGAGUCCUGCGGCUUUUCCUCAGCCAGCAGCCCUGUCUGCAGAUCCAUCUCUGCUGUGGAAACCAGUCUCUCGGCAGCACUGACAUCAGUCUCAGUGGGUUAAUAAAGAGCAGCGCUGAUCUGACGAAACAUCCUGCCACUAUAGAGGGCGCUUUCAUCCUGCAGCCCCCGAACCGGGUGAAACCCAGCCUGCAGUCUGUCCCGCUGGACCUCCAGCCGACCGUGGGCGUAUCUGUGACACUGAGAGCCGAAGAUGCCAAUAAUCAGCUCGAUGUAGCCAUUGAAAAUGGACCUAAAACUCCAGUAAAGAAAGGCCCCGUUCCAGCCGCCCAGCAUGAACAUCACCCCGAGGAGCCCAGAGCCAUGAUGACCCCGUCACCGGUGAGGAAAUCACCAGACCGGCCUCACCGGUCUCCAGAUGCUUCUCCUGAGCAUCAGCACUCAGAGAGCGAAGCAGAGAGUCUGUGCAGUUAUGACAGACACGCUCCGCCCAAUGCGCAUGAGAGACAGGCCCCACCCACUGCACAUGGCAGACAGGCUCCGCCCACCAUACAUGACGUCCCAGUUGUCCCAGAUGUGACUGAAGCUGAUGCUGCAGACUCGUCUGUCUCCAUUUCUGCUCCAAAGAUCUCCAUCCCUGCCUCUGCACACCACUACUGCUUCUCCCUGGACCUGCGCAGUAUCCGAGACCUCAGGACCAGCUUCCCCGUCAACUGCAUCCUCAGAUACGCUUACCAGUUCUUCGGCAGCGCGGCUCCCAUCAUGACGAGUCCAGCAGUGGAGGUGAAGAAGAACACGGAGGUGUUUCUGCCACAGUCGUACUGUGCCUUUGACUUUGCUGCUCUGCCCAAUCAGCUUCAGGACACUUUCCUCAGGGUUCCUCUGGUGGUGGAGAUGUGGCACAGAGAGCCAAGCUCUCGAGAUGUUCUGCUGGGUUCUGUCAGCAUUCAGCUGUCUCGUCUCCUCAGCUCAGAGAAAACACGCUUUCUCGACCUGUCCGGCCAGCAGCAAUGGAGACAGAGCUGUUCGGAGAGGAUUCCCAUCAUGAAAGCAGACGGGUCUGAGAAGUUGGCUGAACUCUGUUAUGUGAGCGUUCUUGAAGAUCUCGGUUUAGUGAAGGCUCAAGACAUCCUUGUCUCUGAAUCAUCACAGGGGCCACCGGCAGCUGUGGCUCCUCCUCCUCAGGGUCCCAUUGGGGCGGAGACUGCCACUCGACCUCGAGAGACCCUGGAGUACAAGGCAGCGCUGGAGCUGGAAAUGUGGAAGGAGAUGCAGGAGGAUCUGUUCGAUAAUCAGCUGAAGCAGAAAGAGUUGAGUCACAUGCAGGCGCUGGCAGAGGAAUGGAGAAAGAGAGAUCACCAGCGGGAGGCGCUCAUCAAGAAGAAGGAAAUGGAGUAUAAUCUUCUAGAGGAGCAGCUGCAGAAAACUCUGUCUGAUCUGGAGAAGAGAGAGAAAGCUCUCGCUCACGCUGAGAUGGAGACGCAGCGUCUGCAGCGAGAGAUGCGUGCAGAGCACGAGUUCAGUAUGCGAGAGCUGCAGGACACCGGCCGGCGUCUGCGCGAAGACUGCACCCACCAGGUGGAGCUGGAGAGGUCAAAGGUCAAGCAGCUCGAGGAUCUACUGGCUCAGCAACGACAGCAGAUACAAGAGGCUGAGAACAAAUACAGGCAGCUGGAGAAGGAGUUUCUGCUGUACCGGGAUCAGCAGAAUGUUCGGCCGGAGAUCCGUCUGCAGUCAGAGAUCAACCUGCUGACCCUCGAGAAGGUGGAACUGGAACGUAAACUAGAGUCAGCUACUAAAUCUAAACUACAUUAUAAACAGCAGUGGGGACGAGCCCUGAAGGAGCUGGCCAGGUUUAAACAGCGCGAGCAGGAGAACGCCAUGACACGCUUGAAGAAACAGCAGCAGGAACUGGAGCACAUGAGGUUACGCUACCUGGCCGCUGAAGAGAAGGAAGCUGUCAAGAACGAGAAACAUGAACUUCAGGACAUCCGUAACGAACUGAACAGGCUGAAGCAGCAGGAGGACCCGCGUGGCUGGAGAGACGCGGCACACGCGUGUGUGAACGAGAGUGCCGAUGAACACGUGACGCGUCUGCUGGAGGAGAGAGACACACUGCUGCGCACCGGCGUCUACACGCACGACGACAGGAUCAUAUCUGAGCUCGACCGGCAGAUCCAACAGGCCAUGAGCGGCAGGAACACGUGACGUCAGCGCUCGUCUGCUUGAAGAAAUCAGAUUCAUCAGUCGAGACCCUCAGAGCAGACAGUGAGUUUCUUACCUCACAUGAUUUCACUUUAUGUCAGAUGAUAUUCCAUGAGGUUUUGCACAGGUUGAAUGUAGAAGCGUGUGAUUGCAGCAGGUGGCGCUGCUUCUCAAUAAAUCAUUGCAGGAUUAAACACUUUAGAGCUUCAUCAGCCUUUCUAUGUGACUUUAUUUAUAGUUUGUCUCCAUGAGGGGUGUGUGUAGAUUUGUGUCUUUUUAAAUAAAUAUUUUUCUGAUCUCUU